AUGUCUUCUUCUUUAGAAUCCUCUCCUUGGAUUCCUGUUGUUCGCGAUGAAUACCGAGAGACAACACAAGAGGCAAAAACUAUCUUCUUAAUCGCGAGGAAUACCACAAAUUUUACAAAAGUCGAUCUUCAUAAGUGGUUAUUAAGACGACUUUUUAAACCUCUAAGACUAGGAAAAGACAAUAAUAUUCAAGUUAUACACGUUUCAAAUACACGACUUGCCUCAUUAAUAAAAUCACAAGCAGAAAGAAGAGCUAACGAUGUACAUACUCUAGAAAAUUUACCCGAUCUCCAAGAUGAUAAAAUUUAUAAACUUAUGCCAUAUUCUCGUAUCCUCACCAUAAGUACAAAAUAUUGUAUAGUAUUUCUUUUGGAUGUUACUUCUUCUUUAGCAACAAUUGAUUAUAAUAACUUAAAAGGAAUACUUAUGUCCAAGGUGACAGAAACACUAGAGAAAUGUCUUUUGGGCCUUGUUAAACCUUUUAUUAUUCAGGAUUUGAAUUUCGAUAAAGCUCUUCUGAUGGAACCAGAAAUAUCAAUAUCUGUAAUCGCCGAAUGUUCCCAUUUUGCUUCAAACGUCUUCUUGAUACCUGAGAUGGAAGAAUAUCCAACAAUGAGGGUACUCUUACAAGGUGUUACAGUGAAUAGACAUAAUGUGUCUAAUAUUAUAAUCGAUUUAAAAUCAGAAUUCACUCGUUUUUUACAAGAAGUCGCAGAAUCUCGACAACGACUUCGAAGAGCUAAACUUCCUGCGGCAUAUGAAAUGGAUGUUACUGGAACAAAGAAUGAAUUAGAACCAGAUCCUGGUGGUUCUAUUCCAAGUUUUGAUAAAAAAGAUUAUAUCUGGAGAUUAGGAUCCGGUGGUGCAAAUCUUGCAUUUAGUCUUCAUGCAGGAUUGUUUGCUAGGAGAUUUCUCCCUAAUGAAGGAAUAUCAUCAAUUGUGAUUAUCACUGAUGGUGUGGUCAAAUCAAAUCUUGUUCAAAUGACUGAAAAUGAUGAUAUUAUUCAAAAAUUAUGUAAAGAAGAUAUAAGAUGUAAUAUAAUACAAAUUGGUUCUCGUAAAGAAUUUGAUCCAAAUGUUAAUUUUGGAUUAUUACCUGAUAAUGAAAUAUUACAAUUUGUCGCUACUGCAACUUCUGGAGUUCUUAUUUUUUCAGAAGAUUGUCCUGAUAUAUCAAUAAAUGAUUCUACAAUUAAUUUAGAUUCAAGUUUUUAUCAUAAAAAUUUACUUUUAAGAGAAACAGUUUUUUUAAAAAAAAGGAAUCAAAAAAUAUUUUCAAAGGAUAUUUCUAUUAACUCAGAGGAUCAUGAUGUUUAUAGUUUUCCAUGGGAUCCAAGAAGUCAACCACCUACAGUUGAAUUAAUGUCAACGCGUUAUCGUGAAUAUUCUUUACUUUCUGUUGAUACUCAACAAUUAAUUUUCAUUCGUUUACGUCAAGGUUUUAAUAUUGAUAGUAUAAUGUUAUUACCUGGUGGUAGAUUUGGUUAUAAUAGAGCCGAAAAAAAAAUUAUUAUUAUUAUAUUGUCAAGACUUUGGUUACCUAAUGUUACAAUUCAAUAUAAAAUUAAAGCAGUUUGGACAAGUGAUGCAAAUGGUUUUUCAAAAUUAAAAUCACCAAGAAUUGAAGUAAAUAUUUUGGCUGAUACAAUUUUUUCUAUUUAUCAUCUUAAUUUUCAGACCGCUCGACAUAAUUAUGGUGAAGAUCAUCCACUUUAUUGGAAAUUUAAGAGAUUAUUUAAAUUCUUAACAGUCAUUUUAGAAACUGAUGAUCUUCUCAAAAAACAUAUGUUUCAUAAACCACUACCUAAGCCACCUAGAGAAAAUAAUAGAUUUCGAUUUACAAAUAUUAAUGGUACAACGCCAUUUAAUCGGUUAGAAAUAUUUAAACAAUUAUAUCAAAUAUUUAAUCGUCCAAAAGCAAAUUUUUGGUUCGAUGAUAUAGUGUUUCGUUUAAUUAUUUCACCCCAAGUUUUAGAAAAAACUUCAAAUAAUCCUUCUGGACAAGUUCUCGGUCGUGAUAAAGGAAAAAUUGAAAAAGAAAACACUUUUAACCUUAUUAAGGAAUUAUUGAUCAAGAAGUGGGCUACAUUUUCUGUUGAAAAAGAUAAUAUAUUUGUUAAAAUUUUUAAUUACACUGGAGCAGAUAGUUCGAAAUUAAUUAGUUUUUGUGAAUUAAAAAUUAAACAAGAAUCUGGAUGUUUUAUUACCGGAAAAUUACGAUUUUUCAACGUAGAAGCUAUAUCACGUCAAAAGGAAUUUGAUAAAUUAUUUUUUAUUCUUGAUAAUAAUAAGGGAAUAAAUUAUUACUUAUGUAAAAGACCUUUAUCAAGGUUUCUCAUAAAAGAUAAAAAUUUACGUCAUAGUAGUAAUAGUAAAUAUGAUUCGACGGUUUAUCACCAGAUGACAGGUCGAUCAUGCAUUGUAAGAUCAUAUUUAAGACAUUCACGUUGGACUUGGUUAUCAGAUAUUAAUAAGGAUGUUAUCCUUGGAAAUUAUAAAAAUCCAUCUUUGCAUGAUUUGGCUUUUCAAUAUUUAUGUCAAACAAGAUCGAAUGAAGGUUGUCAAUUAGUUGCUGAAUAUAACGAUCGAAAAAUAUUUUAUCAGGAAAUUGAAUUACCCAACAAAAGUCAUGAUAUCGAAUUUAAUUCUGAACAAAAAAUAAUAUGUGGUGUACAACAUCAUAUUCAUCAUAUUAUGAAUAGGAGUAAUGAAGAGAUUGUGACUGAAUUAUGGAUGGAACCCUCGUUACAUCCUAAUUCGAAUGAAAUAUAUGAAUCGUAUGCAAAUAAAAUCGCUUCUACAGAUAGGUUUAAAUUAUCACAAUUAGUAACAUUCGAUCAAAUAAAUUAUAUUGCAAAAACUCGCAUAAAACAACGAGCCGACUUAGAAUUAUUAAUUACCCCAAAAUCUUUUAGUAUGCCCGAUUUAUUCAACCUUCCAUCAUUACUUCGUACUAGUAGAUUUUUAGUUGUAAAUUACAAAAUUCCUACUUUCAUAUUAACAAAUUUAUUGAAUUUUCAAUCAAAUAAAUUUGGUCGUUUGCAAAAGAAUAAUUCAUAUACAGAGUUCAUGGAAUCUUCUAAUAAUAGAUCAAAUAUUAAAUCACCAUCAAUGAGUUCACGUUCAAGAAAAUCCAUGUUCGAGGCAACAAUUCAACGAAAACUUUCACUUUCAAUGUCUAAUGAUACAAACCAUGAUAUUACAUAUGUAGUGGAUAAAGAUUUAAUAGCUACUUUGGAAACUUCGGACAGAGAUUUAGCUUUAUUACAUCUUUUCGUUGAGAAAACAUUAAGUAAACAUGUUGACGGGGAAAUCGAUACAACAAGUGAUAAUUAUAGAGAUUCGAUUUUAAAGGAAAUAAUCAAUGGGUUAUUGGAGUCAAAAAUGUUUCAUGAAACUUCCACUACUAUAUUGUACGCCAAAGAUCUUCGGGAAUCUCGAUGUUUUGUUAAAAUGGUGAAUCCAAAUGCUUUCCUUCUUAUAUUCAUUCCCUCUUUCAAAGUUUUAUUGGAUGCAAUGACGCAAAAUGUGACAUAUAGAGAGAAGAAACCAUGUAAUUUAAGUUUAUUGAUAUUUUUAUGUAAACGACCUAAAAAGCUUAAUCAUAAUUUUGGAAAAAAUCCUUCUGAAUUAUUGAGAGAACGUUCACUAAAAUUUGAACGAAUUUAUCUUCAACAUAAUAAUACAUUGGAGUCCAAAAUAAUUUUGAGUUCAUUUCCAGAAUGUCCAAAAAAGGGAUUUCGAAUACCUGAUAAAGCAACUAAAGUUAUCCGUAAUAUCACAGAUUUAUAUGCACGUGGAUUUGCAAAGUCAAUUUAUGCGACCUCUCGUAAAGGUAUAGAAAGUGAUGACAUUGAUGACGUUGGUCAGAAAUUUAUUGCCGUUCUUGGUCAUUUUUUCGAACCGGCUUAUUUCGUUGAAGAAAAAUCGCAAAGUAAAUAUUACUAUUAUCGCAUAAAAAAGAUGGAUUCUAUUGAUAAUACUGACAUAGCAGGGAAUUUUCUCGAUACUUUUAAUGGAGCUGGAAAUCCUCUAUUUAUUCGAUUAGAAUGUAUUUUUAUGAAACCUCCAUCGAAACCUGUUGUUUUAGAUAGUAUUGAUCCUACUCAAGAAGGAUUUGAAAUAACGGAAAAUAAAAAUAAUUUUAAUAAUUUCAUCAAAUUUCCAAUUUCAAACUUACCGAACACGUAUUCUUGCUCUACCGACGGUAAAUAUUAUGAUUUUUCACCUGAAUCAAUUGGUACAGAUUCUUCUCCAGUUGAAUCUUCAGAUGGAACGACAGCUAUUUUACGCAUAGUUUGUUUGACUUUACCUCCAGUGAAUGAAAUGAAUAAAGAAAUUAAGACGUCUCAUUUUAUGGAUCUCAAAGAUCUCAAAGUGGAUCCUACACCGGAAGAAAAUGAUAAACAAAUUGAUAAUUCAAAUAAUUCAAAUGAUAAUUCAGAUAAUUCAAGUAAUUCAAAUAAUUCAAAUGAUAAUUCAUUAAAAUUACAUUCAUUAACGGAUGAUAAACGUGAGGCUUUAAUCGAAACCAUGGAUCGAAUUGAUUGGCUCUUGAAAGAGGAAAUGAUGCACGGACUUCUUAAAACCCAACAUGUAAAUCGAUCCGUCCUUUCGUUUAUUCAAGCACAAUUGAAACAUAAAAAUCCUUAUGUAGAUUUUCCAACAACAUUUACUGUACCUUUAUCGUUCGUUCGUCUAAAUAAAGGUCAAGAACGAUUUCUUCAGGAAUUUAGUAAAGCAACCAUGAAACCAUUUACUUUGAAUCAAGUGGAAGAAUGCUUUUAUAUUAGUGAGGAUGAACAAAUAACAGGACCUCUUGAUGUCGCGGAUACUACAUGUAAUGCAUCUCCGGUAUUUCAUCCUGAUAAUAUGCCAGAAGAUACACGCAUAGAACAAUUUUCUACGUUAGAACCUCCAUUUGAGGAGUAUAUAAAAGAUGAUGGGGGGAAGGAAUUAGCCGAGGGUCUUGGAAUAAGUCUCAUUCAUCCGAAAGAAGCCGAAAAUUCCACGGAUCUAACUAUAGAGUCUGUUAAAAAGUCUGUUAUCCACAAGCAACUAUUUUGGUUAAUACUUAUUCCUCAAAAAGCGAGUAUUCAAAUGUACUUUUAUUCCAAAGCCGUUUCUGCAAUUGAACGGUCAAAUAUUAUAAAACAUGUAAGAAAAUGUAUUGUACAAGUGUCAGAAAAGGUCAACAGAUUGAUAUUGUUAGAUGAACUUGAAAAAAAUCGUCUGCCACCCGAUGGAUCAUCUGAUUUCGACGUUUCUUCAGAAGAUGAAUCAUCUUCAAGAAAUUUGGUAGAUGUACUUCCUAUGGUACCGAAUGAUGGUAAAAUUAGCAAGAAAUUUAGACCUGGUCAAUUUGAAUGUCCUUUAGUUUUUGUCAAAAAAUUUCCUCUUCACUGGCGAUUAAAACCAAAUCAAGCUAUAAAUGGACUCGCAGCCGCUCUUGAUCCAUUUUCAGUUUUAAAUCGUAAACAUAUGUUAGCAUAUUCAAACGUAUAUCUUAAAAUAUCAGAAGUCGGAAAUAAUGAAUAUCUUAAAGUCGGAAAUAAUGAAGAUCCGAACACUCAUAGUUUAUCAAAUUCAGAAGUUACCGAGGAAUCAAAAAAGAAUUCACCAAAGAAUACAGUUAGAGAAUUAGUGGUAGAAGUAUUUGGCCUGGAUAGACCGGGAAGAGAAAUUACCGAAGAAAUAAUGAACAUGUUGGAAAAUAAAUUAAUUACAAAUAUAACACUCAGUGUAAUGUCCCUCUAUCUUGAUCGCAACCCGUCUACAAUGAGUCUAACAAAAGCGGAUGUAGACUUUAUUCUUCCUAUAUUUAAAACUCCCAAACGUCUUAUAUUAGAUAUUCCAGUAUCUAUUAAAAAUCCUUAUACGUUUUUGAUUUAUUUCAAACAAAAUCUUUCUCAAUAUUUAAGUAUAUUAAAUGGAGUUGAAGUUAUUAAUGCGAUAAAGAACCAUCAUAUAGAAAGCUUUAUUCAAGUUAAACAAAACAAUAAUGUACAGAAUGAUACGGCGGAUGGGGAAAGGAAAACAACCUAUGAUACUGAACUGUAUGAAUUUGCAUUUUAUUAUAACUUCAGUAAUAAUAAACUAAAAGCACCGUCAACGUUUGAACAAACCGUUGGACAAGGAAUUGCUGGAAUUUUUUUGACAUUAUUGGAUGACAAUGGAAAACUAGUUUACGAACUUAAUAUAUCAGAUAAUACAGAUGUAAAGGAUACUGAUAUGAAAGCAAUUUUUGAAUAUAUUUCUAAAGAAAAAGCCUCCACGAACUCAGAUACAUGGUCUUAUUCUCUCAAUAAUAGAACAAAGUGUUCUUUCAGAUUACUUGUUGAGUUAUGGACUCAGGGUUCCCUUAAUUGGAAUAUUUUAUUUGAACGUAUUUUAAAAAGUUUCAGACAGUGUCUUUGUGAUUAUUUCAUUGAAGAUUCAAUUACGCAAAGUUUAGAGCGCGCUUCUGAUGAUCCCAUUCCAGCUGUUCCAGAUGUUUCAACUGUUCCAGCUGUUUCGACCGUUUCUUCUGCUUCGACCGUUUCUUCUGCUUCGACCGUUUCAGCUGCUUCGACUGUUUCUACUGUUCCAGCUGUUUCGACUAUUCCGAUUGUUCCAGAAUCAGACAUUAAUCCUCCUCAAAAAAAAUCUUUGGAAUAUGUAGAUUUGCAUGUUCAAAAGACCUUUAUCGAUCCAUCCUUGGCUCUUAUAAAAAAAGCAGUAAGCCUGGCAAAUACUGCAUUGCAUCAUUUGAAAGUAAGACUCGAUAUGCCAUCGUGGAUGAUGGAUGAUUUUUUGAAUGAAGUUCAUGAAAUUUUGGUUGAUGUAAAUACCAUCUUCACACCUAUUAUAUUGCGAGCAGUUCCUUCUGUCUCAUCAUCAAUCGAAGAACGUGUUGUAUAUGAAAUUCAUAGACCAAAACAAUCGAUUCCAGCUGUAGAUCAAACAAAGACAAUUCCAAGACAAUAUAUAUUAAUUGCAGGUCUUAAAGAAUUUUAUCAAAAAUAUGGUGCACCCAAAGUGGUGUCUUCUGAUGAAAAGCCCAACGGAACUCAUUCUAGGAGAGGAUCAACUGCACAAUCAAAGCUGGAAGAUAUUAUGAUGCAUACUAUAAUACCUGGAAUUAGACCACAGAAACGACUUACACCUAAUUUAUAUCGAUCUUGCUUCCUUUUUAUGACAAUCGAUGGCUUUGAUUUAUCAAUUUAUAUAUAUAAUUGGCAGAAACAAUACGCGGAACAAGUCUUUACUGCCAUGAAAAGGAUUUCUGAUUGGCAUAAUGAACGUAUCGGAUUAUUGAAUAAUAUACUUCAUCAGAAAAUGGGAUUAUUUUAUCAAUCGAGUGGAUUUUCUUUCAGUGUACCCAAUACACCUAAAUUAAUUCAACCUCCACCUGCAACUCCUGUGAAGGGUAAUUUUAACGAACAGUUCACAGAUUUAUCACUUAUGGAAUCGCUUAUAAAGGAACGAUUUCCGCACAUGCAAAAACUACCAGAUAAGCGAGGAAUGAAUUUUCCUAACGUCAACACACAACUUGUCGUUAACCAUAUAUCGCUUACUGCACUGGAUUUAAAUGAAGUAUUAAAGGAUGCACAUAUCGAAACAUUGGUUGAAAAUAAACAGUUCGAAAGAAAUCAUGAUGCACUUAUGAGACAUGGACCACCAUUCAUAGAAGCAUGGAUCCGUCAAGCUAAGAUAUCACAAGCUCAUGACAAUGCUCGAACCGUAUAUAAGAAUUGGGCAAGAAGAUAUGAAGAACACACAGUAGAAAAUGUCGAUAUUCAUGAAAAAAUUGCUGAUUUAGCAAUUAUAUUCCGUACUUCAAGACUUUUGCAUUUCUGUAGAACAAGAUUGUUGUUUGGAAAUAAAAAUGAACCAAAUACUCAAGAUCAAGUUGAAUUUAAAAAUAUUCCUACUAUAGAACAAAUUUCUUCAGGUAAUAACGAAAAACUUUCUCGUUGGUACGAAGAUAUGGUUGAAUCAUUUUUACAUGGAUAUGCGAAUUACCUUGAAAAAAUUGGUAUGCAAAUGGUAUUGGGAAAUAAAGCUGGAUUGAAUUUACCGUUUUUUACAUCCUAUUAUGUAACAGAGAAUGUGGUAGACGAAACUCCUGCCGUAUUCUUGUUGAAAGCACUUCAAGGAGGAUCAAUUAUGUGCGAAGUUCGUAUUCAAGGAGAUUUUGUAUGUGUUACUUUGUAUACACUCAAUCGACGUUAUGGUAGAAGUCGUUUAGCAGCACCAGGAUUCGAUGCCGCUGAUAGUGAUAGAAAUAGUUUGAGAUUAUUUACGGAGGAAUGUGGAAAAUUUAAAAAAAUGAUUCAUGUAAAUUCAUUUGUUUAUGACUUUCAAUUACGUUACAUCGAACGUAUAAUACAAAAACAAAUGGAAAAUCCCCCACCUUUUAAUAUUAUCGAGGCCAUCGGAGCAUUUAUUCGACGACAUCCCCAACCUGCAUAUCGUUCACGUCAUCGAAUUUAUUAUGGUGAUUUCGAGAAAGAAACAAAUUUGAUUACUUUAGAUUUAUUUGAUUAUCUUGUUACAUGUCCUCACCGUUUUGGAUUUCGGCAGAUAUCUUUUGAUGAUAAACCUAUAGCUUGUUUCGCCUCAUCAGUAUGUGGAAACAAUUGUUCCAGCGAAUCAUGUCUUUUCCGCACUACUAAACGAGCCAAGAACGUUGAUUCGGACGAAAUAACACAAUGUACUAUGGCAUUCACUUUAUCACCAAAAGUCGGAUGUGUUGAAGGAAAGAUUGGAUUGGCUUAUUAUGUAUUUGUAUUAUAUGAUAAUGAUAACGAAGUGAAUGCGGAGUCAUCACCUAUUAUCGAUGAUUCAACACGUCAAAUGUCAGAUAAUGAUAUUCAAGAAAAACAAAAUGAAAUAGAAAUAUUUUGCCACAAAAAACUUGAUUCAAUUAUUAAUCAGGCUAUAAUAUUCAAUCGACGUGAUAAAUUAUGGGGUCAGCUCCGUAAGCCUCAUGAUAAAAUUGACAUUAGAGAUUUUCUUGAGUUGACUAAAUUAUGGCAUAGUCGUGAACUUAUUAUGAUUAACCCAGAUUUUCAAGAUAUUUUAGAAAUGUCACUCGAUUGGACUGAAGUUUUGAAUUUUCUUUCUACAUAUUUUUCCAAUUCAAAAGAUUUACAAGAUGAAAACAAUCGCCAUUUGGUAAUAUUUAGUUCACAUACUUCUGAACUUUUAAUUCAUUUCAUUUUGCCAAAUAUGGGAAUAAAAGAUAAUAAUUUAGAUUCAGAAACUUUUACGGGAAGAGUAGAAAAUAUUAAUAAUGACAGAAAAUUAAAGGUAAAUUCAAUUUGUAGAGAAAGCGAACCAAAUUUUGAAAAAUUAGAAGUGCAAUUUGCUGCAGAAAUUAUUAGAACGAUUGGUCCAUCUUCUGGUUAUAAAAAUGCCAUACAUCGUGGAAUAAACAAUGUAGAUGAUCGUUAUUUUUUCACUCUAUUUUAUGCGAUAAGAACAUUACCUCCCGACGAAUUUCAUGAUGCUCACGGCUACGUUGAGGAAUUCCAAAAGAGACAUUCGGCUCUUAUAUGCAAUUUGAAAGAUACCAUUAAAGAAUCGGACGAUAGGAUGGCG